GGUAAACUGUCCUCAUUUUGAAAACAAUGAGAUUUCACUCUAAUAAAAUCAUUCUUAGGCUAAUUCUUUUUAUGUAUUUGUUUGAAACAUGAGUUGCAAAUUAUAUUCAAAGUAGAAUUGAUAGCCAGUAAAUAAAUUAUGUAUUAAAUUAAAUUCCACAUACAAAAGAUGAUAUUUAUGUAAUUAAGUUUUUUUUUAAAAAAAAGCUAAUGUUUAGAGUACUUUCCAAUGACAGGAAAUGGAUAAACACAUUUUUCAUAUCUUGAUUUUUUUAUUUCAAAGCCUGACAGUUGUAGGUGAUGACAUCAAAUGUAACCACGUGGAGGAAGAAACAGCCGCCGAGCUUCAUCUCGUCUUGUCUCCAAACAAAACGUUAAGCGCCAAACUUAUGAUCUUAUUGAACGAAGCAGAGGUGGCGCUGUGUUACCUAGAACCUGUGAAGUGCACACCGUUGUCCGAGCAAACUUACCCAACAAUAAAGAACACGCAAUAUCAUUAUACUGAAUUGACUGUCUCAGUACUUGGGGUGAAAUCUUCAGGCUACUGGAAGGUCCGAUACAUAAACGAAGCUGAUGUAAAGAAUGACAGAGUUUGUAGCUUUAUCAUGUUUGCUAGGGCCAUAGACCUGCAAUGUCAUUCGCUGUCCAGUAAAGAAAUACAUAUUUACUGUUACUCUACGAGAAUCUAUCCAUCGGCAGCAUGUCACCUGUAUUACACAGAAAGUAAAGAGAAUUAUGUUUCAGAAGAAGGCAGACAACUCUACAGUCAAGACACUUCGACAAACGACACAUACUCCUUGACUUCAACUUGCACAUUUGUUAAACCUGCUGCCAUAGCAACCACAGAUACGUUCACUGCCGUGGUGACCAUGUUCCCGAAUAUUUCCGGCAGCCUGUCAGAACAAAUGUACGGAAGCAGUGUCUCAGUUUUAGUCGCAUUAUAUACACCUUCCAUUAAAUUAGAAAACUGCCCGGCUAUGGUAGACCUGGGUACCGCAGUCGACUGCUUCUGUCGUGUUGAAGGUAGAGAGCAAGCAAAGGUCAAGUUUAGAUGGUACGAUACAUUGAAUAAUGUAUUAAUUACAAAUACAUCAAGACUUUCAUUUGUGGCCACUGAACACAGUCGAGAAUUUAUUUGCGUAGUUGAUGACGUAGUGCACAAACGAAAUCUAUCACUGACCUAUGUGCUACACGUGAACAAUUCUCAAAAUUUACAUACCAGUAUCUCUAAUAUUAAUUCUUCUUACAAAGAGUGGAAUUAUGUUCAUCUGUAACAUCUAUGUUCGUCUACUAUCAUGUGUGACUCCAAGAAGCACGAACCUAGCAUUCCACGACAUUCGCGAAUUAUUAGUAGUGACCAGUCUAGAACAGUAAUACAACAUUCUUGGUCUUGAGUUUUCGGAUAUUGAAAUUUAGUGGGUAUUGUUUUGUUGUAAUAGAUUCUUUUGUACCAUGAACUAAUUAUCACACAUUUAUUUGUUUGUUUUGUUACCAACAUUGCCUAGUCGUAAACAUAUUCUUGAUUUCACUGUUAAAAUAUAAUGCAGAAAUUAAAUGUAAGUUUUAGUAGAUACAAGAAAAGACAACUGGAAUUUUAUUCUGUAAGUUUUUAUUUUAUCAGUUAUCUCCCUUGAAAACUAAAACAUGGCUGCUUGUUAAAAAGAAUAAUGUCGAGCUCCACACUAGCAUUUUUUUAAAUGCAUUUCUUUUAUAACUGACAAGUUUUUGUGUUUGAAAUGUUUGCAAACUU